AUCCCAUGGUCUCUCAAAUUCUUCAACAGUGUGUAGCAAAUCCGCACACUGCCAGACUUCUAAGGCCUAAUGGGGUUGUCAGAUUUCGAGGAACUUUGCAAACACUUUUGCGAACUCGAUACUACUCGAUUCGCUUCUCGAAGACCAAGAAUUCCUUGUUGUUGAGUCAGAAUCAUCGUCCUUCCAAUGUAUAUCCUCAGCUUAAGGCAACGUCUGUGCGAUCAUUUGGGAUCUCAACCAUACCAAGAUUUAUUUUACAUGCCAUGCGGAUUCCCGUCGCCGGAGUGACUGUGGGGGUUGGAGGUUUAACUUAUGCUAAUUACAAAUUUAAUGGUAGGUAUACUUUAAUUGUUCACAAAUUUAUUCUAUCUGAACGUGACUUUAGCGUACAAUUUUUAAUAGAAAUGGCAAAUAAGAGUUCUGAUAUGUUGUCCUCUCUCACGGGGGGGAUCAAAUCGGCUGUCGAUGCAAUUGGCGACGGGUUGUCAAGGAUUGACGUUGAAUUGCGGGUUCCAGAUUUUUUGUCAAAUUUGUUCUCUUCUAAACCGAGUACAUCAUCUUCCUCGAGUCAACUACAAAUGGAAUCUGAUAGACCUAGAUUUAUAAAGAAGGAUGAGGACCCUAAUUCCUCGGAUCCUUCAGGUGAUGGCGGUGUCGCUGCAGCGGCAGCGGCAACAUUGUUUAUGAGUGGUAAAGAUGAUGACAACGAAGGUAAACCUGAAAGAAGACACGGAAUUCCUGCACAAGACGAUGAAUUUAUGCUUCUUACCAGAAAAUUGAUCGAGGUUCGGAACAUCCUCACGGGUAUUGAUCACAACGAAGGGCUUAGGUUACCUAGUAUUGUGGUCAUUGGGAGUCAAAGCUCCGGCAAGAGUUCAGUGUUAGAAGCUAUCGUGGGUCAUGAAUUUUUGCCGAACAAUAAGAAUCAACCGGAUACUUUGAAGGAGAAGAUUGUCGAGUUAUGCGAGCAAUAUAUCAGAGAACCGAAUAUUAUAUUAGCGGUGUGUGCGGCUGAUGUUGACCUUGCAAAUUCCGAAGCGCUAAAAUCAGGGCGAAAAGUGGAUCCAUUGGGUCUGCGAACCAUCGGCGUGAUAACUAAAAUGGAUUUGGUAGAACCUGAAUACGGAGCUUCAAUUUUACGCAAUACCGAUUAUCCUUUACACCUUGGUUACAUCGGUGUUGUUUGUAAACCUCCUCUGAAGAAAGAAAAUCAGGAAAAUAUUUCUGCGGCCCUAAUGCAACACGAAGAUGAAUUUUUUAGAAGUAAUUAUGUCUAUAGUCAACGAGGUAUUCAGGUUGGCACCGGAACCUUACGAAGAAAGCUGAUGGAGGUUUUGGAGGAGAGUAUGGCAAAAUCUUUGUUUUCAAUAGUUGGAGCCGUCCAAUUAGAAUUGGAAGAGGCCCGUUACCAAUUCAAAGUACAAUAUAAUGAUAGACGAAUUACGGCCGAAUCGUAUGUUGCAGAAACAAUUGAUAGCAUUAAACAUAACUUUAAAGAUUUUGCGCACUCAUUUGGAAAACCCCAAGUGAGGCAUGAAGUCAGAACCAUGCUGGAACAACGAGUAUUGGAUCUGUGUGCCGAGCUGUAUUGGACGGACGGCAAGAUUAUUGACUUGCAAAAGGCAGCAGCCGAUGACCUCUAUUGGCAAUAUAAACUUGAAAUGAGCUCUGCCGCUCUUACUAAAAGUGGAAUAGGUCGAACUAGCACCCAGUUGGUGGUGGAUGUGCUGAUGGCAAAUAUGGAAAAAUUGGUAUCCAUGGAUCCGUUAAACAACCAUCCGGACACCAGUAGCAAGAUUUUGAAAUUUUGCAACGAGAUCUUACGCAAUAAGUUUCACACAACGGCCGAUCAGUGGGCCGAAGGUGUUAAGAGGACUAUUUCGCUUCUGGAAAAGGAAUUGGAAAGUUGCAAUAAGGCAUUACAGAACAUUAAAAAUUCAGUUGGCAAAAAGAAAUUGAGGGCAGUAAUUAAAUAUGUACUUGACGCUGAGAAAGAGGAGGCCAAACGCCAGGCUCGUGUUCGUGAUGCUAUUGCUGUUGACAGUGAGACAGCCGAGAGUGGUAGUGAAGGGACCGCGCAUGCCAACCCUGUCAUGAUGAUCAAUAAUGUUGUGGAAGAGGGAGAUUCAGAACACCAUCGUGUACACUUUAACCGUCGAGUUAUUGAAAAGGCACGAGAGGCCAUAUUCCUUCGAGAUCGUUCGAUGAUACUUAAGUAUCGUUUAGCUGCAAUCAAAUCGCGACAAUGCAAAUCAUCGGAAAAUAAGCAAUAUUGCCCAGAAGCAUUUCUCAAUAUGGUGGCCGAAAAGUUGACCUACACUGCCGUCAUGUUCAUUCAGGUUGAACUGUUAAAUGAGUUCUUCUUCCAGUUUCCGAGAGAAGUUGACAAUCGCCUCGUAUACGAUUUGGAUCGAAAACAAAUUUGGUCAUUUGCAAAGGAAAAUCCAAACAUACGGAAGCAUUUGGAAUUACAAGAGAGGAAAAGAAAAUUGGAAGAGGUUAUGGAAAAAUUAAAUUAUUUGGUUAGGCGACAGAGGGACAUAGAAAGUCGUAAAGGUCCGGGAAGCGUAUAUGCUUGA